AUGCCUAUUGACUAUGUGCUUGUUACCGGUGCUACAGGUUUCCUUGGAGCGCAUGUCGUUGACGAGCUGUUGGCGCGUGGAUUACGAGUACGUGCUGCUGUUCGCAAUCUGGCCAAGGCCAAUGUCAUGCGUGAUGCCAGACCGCAGUAUGCGUCGAAGCUUGACUUUGUUCAAGUUGCCGACUUCACAGCAAAUAUCUCUUUCGAGGAAGCUGUGAAGGACAUCGACGGGGUCAUUCAUGUGGCCAGCCCGUUGACGUUUGGGGUCGAAGACAACGAGAGGGACUUCCUCUUGCCAGCCAUCAAUGGCGUUGCAACCGUCUUAAAGGCAGCAGCCCAAGCCUCGCAAAUUCAGAGGGUGGUCAUCACUUCUUCGUUUGCCUCUGUCAUUGAUGUCAAUCGAAAAGCACCACCACAUUUCACCUACACCGCCGCCGAUUGGAACCCUCUGACGUACGAGGAAGCGGCAGACAACAAGACCUCCGAGGUAGUCGCAUAUCGCGGGUCAAAGAAGUUCGCAGAGCUCGCUGCAUGGGACUUUGUCCAAAAAGAGAAGCCUGGCUUCGAUAUUGUCACCCUCUGUCCUCCCAUGAUCUUUGGGCCUUUCGUGCACCCAGUGGCCAGGCUAGAAGAACUCAAUGACAGUGCAGCCAAGCUUUGGGAGGUGGCCUCUGGUGUUGACCCCAUGCCGCUUGCGAGAGUGCCUUUCUGGAUCGACGUUAGGGACCUGGCAAAAGCACACGUUGAAUCGCUUCUGAGACCGGAGGUCGGCAACAGACGUUUCACCAUCGCAUCGCCAGAGAAGUUUUCCUAUCAAAAGGCAGCAGAGAUCAUCAUCCAAAAGUUUGAAUGGGGACGUGAUCGUAUCCACCUGCCUGAGACGGAGCAAAAAAUUGAUCAGUCGCACGAUUUGGAUGGGGAGACUGCUGCAAGGGAACUAGGCAUCACAUAUCGGUCCUUCCACGACUCUGUUGUCGACUUCGUCAGGCAAGCACGGAGUCUCGAAGCAACUCAGAAGGGUUAA